AUGGAGGAGACUCAGAAUGAUCGUGGAGUUGGUUUUCGGUUUCGUCCAACAGAUCUGGGGUUGGUGAGGUUACAUCUUCGCAACAUGGUAGUCCAUGGGAAGAGCGGUUGCAUAACAACUUUGGAUGUGUACAAGGACGAGCCAUGGCUUCUUGAUCACGUAAACAACGAUCUCUUCUACGAAAACCAAUGGUACUACUUUGUUCCGAGACCUAACUUAGGAGGCAAGAAACCGAAGCGGACCGUACCAGGAAGAGGAGAAAGUGAAGGAGGCACAUGGAGAAGCGUUACUUCGAAAAAGGAGAUCGAUGACGAUAACAAGAAGGUGGAGGGUUACAUGCAGGGUUUCGUGUACACCAAGCAAGUGAACGGAAUUCCAGUGGGCACUAAUUGGCUCAUGACCGAAUAUUCCCUUCAUAAUGAUGUUCACGACGACUUGGUCUUGUGUUGGAUCCGAUACAAUACCGACAAGAAGCCCAAACCUGAAGUCGGUGAUCAGGCGCCUCGUUUAAGAAACAACGUCUUACCGAACCAAGUGAGAGAAAAAGAAGAAGAAGAAGAAGAAGAAGAUGAUUUAACCGGUUUCGCUAAUGGAAUUGAGGAUAUGUUGCUAGAGGGAGAACAUGGUGACGUCACUCAUGAGCAACAACAGCAGCAAGAUCCACCGAUUCUUCUUCAAGGUCAUGAUUCAGGGUUCGAGACACAGAGCAACGAUCAAAAUCAGUGGGAUGAUUUUGGCUUCGAUGGCUCGGAGAAUUUGAUGAUAGACGUUGGUGAACUCAUGGCUGUGGAAGGUGACGUCACUUAUCAACAAAAACAACACGAAGCGCAAUUUUAA